AUGCGAAUUGCCGCUGCCAUCUCCGAAUUACGACGACCGUUGUCGAUGGUGUCCGCAAACUCUCAACAGCUCUCUCCGUCCGGUCUGCCUGUCAGCAUGCCAGGAAAUGCUUCUAUGCGCGGUAUGAGUGCACCUCCUUCCGCCUUUGGUCAACCUUUCCCUUCCACGACUCCUCCUCUCACGACUCCUCCUGCUUCUGCUUCGACCAACGACGAUAUCCCCCACGGCGUCUGGACGCAUUCAAGAAAAACCAGCAGUUCCGGUGUAGGGAUGCAUCCACCCAUGGAAGCUAUCAAGGAGAAUCUUGCUCAAACUCCAUCUACUACCAACCAGGCUAGUUCAACAGCUGCCAGCAGUCUGCCCGCUAGUCCGGUCACUCCGAGCUCCGCUGUAACCAAGCGAGAGUCAACUGGAUCCAUGGGCCACAAGCGGGGUAAGCCUAGCACCGACAACAAGGAACGAUUGAGCUUCUUCGGUCGACCACGUAAACCCGCUCCCCCUAGUUCCGUCUCUCCCAGUUCAGAACAACAUCGGACUUCCUCUCGUCUCGGUUUCCCAGCCUCCAACCGAGUUCACCAGAUGCAACCUGCGACUCCCGAGGGGAAUAGACGAAUCUCUGGUACCGGCGCUGGAAACGCUGCCGCCCUUAAACAGAUUGGUACUCCUGAUCAUUCGGGCUAUUUGAAGAAAAAGGGCGACAGAUAUGGUAGUUGGAAGCAGAGAUUCUUCGUUCUCAAAGGGUCCCAUCUGUACUACAUGAAGAGCGAUGCGGAAGAUAGAGUCAAAGGACAUAUCGAGCUGCAAGGUCAACGAGUCAUUGUCGAUGAAAAUACAAAUCCUGGAUCAUACGGAUUCCGACUUACCGGAGGACCCAACGAUAAAGCCCAUUAUUUCUCUUCUCCCGAACAGACAGUCAUUCGAGAAUGGAUGAAAGCUUUGAUGAAGGCUACCAUCGCCCGUGAUUACUCUGUUCCUGUAACUUCUUCUUGCAAUAUUCCUACUAUCCCUUUGGCCGAAGCUCAAGCAAUGGCACCUCGACCACCCAGUCCAGCCACUCGAGAGGCAACUCAGCGAGCGACAAGGAGAGAAAAUCCUAAUCAACUUACAGCGCAUGACGCUAAUAUUUUGCUUGGCACUCCUUCUCCCGGAAGACCAAGCCGAGAUACUCGACGUCCGUCUAGCAACUAUAACGGGCAGCCUCGACCAGCUGUCAACUCAGUUUAUCAAUCAGAUGAAGGAAACAAUAAUCCCGAGCUCGUCAAAUGGGUCAACUCUUUACUUCCUCAAGCUUAUCCAAGAGCAUCAUCUAUACCAAAAUCGUUCGCUUCAGGAGAGGUUGUCUUCCUACUCGUCAAGCAUCUAUCAAGUAUCGAACCUUCUCCGCCUGUACCUCCUCAAGCUUUCGCCCCCGAUGCUUCUGGUCAACCGGGAUUAGAAGGGUUAUUUUCUAUGAUGGACAUACUCAUUGAUGCGGGUAUAGAUACUGCUGGAGUCAGCAUUAAUGAUGUAAGAAACGGAGACUCUGGACAGAUCGUCAAACUGUUGACCAGUAUCAGAAGCUGGAACGAAGAGAGGUCUGGUAUGGCUCAAUAG